AGGGGUGGGGCCUAGGGCUCCGUGCGCCGGAGCCUGUGGCGUCAAAGCGCCCGCCGUGUCCAUGGAGAGAGGUUGAGGUGGUCGAGAUCUGGCCCAAGGCAUCGGGGCGGCGACCAUGUCGGCUUCGUUAGUCCGGGCCACUGUCCGGGCUGUCAGCAAAAGGAAGCUGCAGCCUACACGGGCCGCCCUCACCCUGACACCUUCAGCAGUAAACAAGAUAAAGCAGCUUCUUAAAGAUAAGCCUGAACAUGUAGGUGUGAAAGUUGGUGUCCGAACCAGGGGUUGCAAUGGCCUUUCUUACACUCUUGAAUAUACAAAGACAAAAGGAGAUUCUGAUGAAGAAGUUGUUCAAGAUGGAGUCAGAGUGUUUAUCGAAAAGAAAGCACAACUAACACUUUUAGGAACAGAAAUGGACUAUGUUGAAGACAAAUUAUCCAGUGAGUUUGUGUUCAAUAACCCAAACAUCAAAGGAACAUGUGGCUGUGGAGAAAGCUUUAAUAUUUGACUUCCUAGAACUACUCUGGCUGCAAAGCCCUGGAAAGUGGAAGCCCUGGGCUUGCUGAAGAAAUGAUGUGACACAGAUGCCUAAGGUUUAUAGUGUAUGGCUGCCUUAUGAGGAUAAUAAAGUGACUCAUUUUGAAAACGAAGCUAGUGUGCUAGAUUCUAGAAGUGAUCUUUGCAUUUGUUUUGGGGGACAGAAAGUUUAUAAACCAUCUCUUUAUUUGGGCCACCUUUCUGUUCAAUAAAAUUAAGGGGAGGAAGGGGAGAAAAAAAAAAAAAAGCCCAACUCUUCACAUAACUCUUUAGUUCACUCUCUUAGAACCAGUUUUGUGAAAGUUGCUUUCCUAGAUGGACUCUGGUCCAUCGAGUGCAUUGAGUGCAUUCUUAGUCGGCAUGCACUCAGUAGCUUUGAAUGACUUGGGUGUGAGUUUCCCGGUCAGAUUCAUAGAACUCAGACAUGGGAAGUCCUGGCUGCUGGUAUGGCACAUUGUUUUUCCAGCCAAACUUGACAUUAUUCAAAAUUUCAUUAUCAAUAUACCUUGUUUGCUUAGCCAUUGGCAGUGCCAGUCAUGAGAGGAAAGCAUUAGACAAAGAUUUCCUUGACCUCUGGUACAAAAUAGUUCUGAGUGAUGGGAACAAAAAUGAGAAACUGCCUGUUUUCACUCAUUUCUUCUGCCAUCUUAAAUGUCUGUUUAAAAGAUGUGUGAUCUCAAACUGACAUAGAUGCUUUUAGUUGUGAGGUCUCUUAAAAGCAGAUUUGGGGGUUCAGAAGUGGGGAGGGAGAAAAACCAAGGGGCAGUUGGGGACAUUAAGGCCCUGUGUGGGAGGAGUAGGAUGGCAGCAUGAUUUGGUGGAGGGUGAGAUGUGCUGACACCUUUCUUGGGGGAAAGUAGAAAUGUGCCUUCUGUCAGCAAGUCUGUAAGUCAACAUUCACUCAGUAGAGUGAUACUGCAUGUAGCAGGGGAAAGGAACCAUCUAGCAAAACCCCAGGGAAACUGAAAGGUCUUAACCUGCCUUCGCACUGCAGACUGGGAAGGGCCAAAACCAGGACCAUUCAUCCUCAUGUUCCUUCUUGGUAGGUCACAUACCAUCUGUGAGAUAAGCAGUGAAAGUAAGGGCCUGACUUCUCUUAAGUCUGGUCAACUUUUUUUUUUUUCUUUCACUUUUUUUUUUAUUGGGGAAUUAAUGUUUUACAUUCAACAGUAAGUACAAUAGUUAGUAAGUCUGGUCAACUUUCUGAGAAGAAUUCUUUGUAGUUUGAUAGAGGUCAUUUUUUAUUUUAUUUAUAGUGAGAAGAAUAUUUAAAACCCCUUUUAUGUGAAUUACUGUCUUGGUGUAUAGUAGCAGGGAAGAAUAUAAGAGCCCAAAAUUAUUUUUUUUGAAUCCUCUAUAUUCCUGAAAUAAAACAUGGGAUUUUUUUUUUUUUCUUAUUCUUAAUGUAUACUUUCAGGACCCUAAGUCUAGUUGCUAAAAUUGUACCUAAUAUUCUUUUUACCCUCUUUAACAGUGUUCCUUUUGUCAGUAAGUGAUGAAUUUUCCUGGGAUUGAGUGUUUAUGAGUUGGCAUAUGUGCUUUUGCUAAAAGCUGAACCUCACAAAUUGAAGUAGCUGAGUUCCUUUGUCACAUUUACUAAAAGUAGCUGGCACCGAAUGUGCCACCUAGAGCUUUAUGUAAAUGCUUAUGAGUUUGUAUCACUAAUACAAUUGUCAAUCCACUUUUAAUUUGUGCAAUACUGUACAUGUGUAGAGAUUGGUCAAUAAAGUGUGGCUUCUAUGGUUA